AUGGAAGAGAAACAGAAGAUCGCCGAGGCCGAGAGCCUUAAGAAACUCGCUUUCUUUGGAAUCUCGGUGUCCACCAUCGCCACCCUGACCGCCAUCAUUGCCGUGCCAAUGCUCUACAACUACAUGCAACACGUGCAAUCGUCCCUUCAGAACGAGGUCGAGUUCUGUAAGCACCGAACCGACGGACUCUGGGAUGAGUUCCACAGAUUCGAGACAGUGAAGGGAGUUGACUCUCGUAUCAAGAGAGACACCCGUUCCCGUCGCGAAGGAUACUCUCAAGGAGGAGGUGGAGGAGGAUCCUGCUGCUCUUGUGGAAUCGGAGCCGCCGGACCAGCCGGAGCCCCAGGAAAGGACGGAGCUCCAGGAGAGGACGGAAAGGCCGGAAACCCAGGACAAGCUGGAUCGGAUGCCGAGGCCGCCGCCGCCCCAACCGCCGCCGACUUCUGCUUCGAUUGCCCACCAGGACCAGCCGGACCAGCCGGAGGACCAGGACCAGCCGGACCACCAGGACCACCAGGAGCUCCAGGAAACACUCCAUCCGGAGGAGGUGAAGGACCAGCCGGACCACCAGGACCACCAGGACCAGCUGGAAAUGACGGAGCACCAGGAGCCCCAGGAAACCCAGGAGCACCAGGACAAGUGACUGAGGUGCCCGGAACUCCAGGACCAGCAGGACCAGCUGGACCACCAGGACCACCAGGACCAGCAGGAAACCCAGGAUCCGCUGGAGCUUCGGAGCCAGGACCACCAGGACCAGCUGGAGAUGCUGGACCAGACGGAGCGCCAGGAAAUCCAGGAGCCCCAGGAUCACCAGGAGAGGCUGGAGCACCAGGAUCCGGAGGAGGAUGCGAUCACUGCCCACCACCACGUACCGCCCCUGGAUAUUAA